AUGGGCGCGGGGCCGCGAUGGCCGGCGCCCGGCAGCCUGCCUGCGCUCUGCGCCGCGCUGCUCCUCCUGGCUCUGCAGCCGUCCUCCGUGCGCGCCGAGGGGAAACUCUUCGUGCUGGACUCUCAGAAUGGCUCUUGGGGCCUGGACCUGGAGGCAGCUCGGCUCUCCUGCAAGAGCAGGGGUGCCCACCUGGUGUCUGCUGGGGAGCUGAAGAGGGUGGUCCAGGACUGUGCAUCCGCAGUGUGCACAACAGGCUGGCUGGCGGAUGGCACCCUCGGGACAACCGUGUGUAGCAAAGGGAGCGGUGAACAACCAGUCUCCAGAGCUGUUGACGUGAGAAUUGACAGCCACCCUGUUCCUGGUGCCAAGUACAAUGCCCUUUGUAUUAAGGACGAAGAGAGACCGUGUGGAGACCCACCAUCAUUCCCACACACCAUCCUCCAGGGUCGCACUGGCUUGGAGAUGGGGGACGAGCUGCUGUAUGUGUGUGCGCCAGGGUCCAUCACAGGCCAUCGGGAAACGGCGUUCACCUUGCUAUGCAACAGCUGUGGGGAGUGGUAUGGACUGGUGCAAGCCUGUGGCAAAGAUGAGGCCGAGGCCCAUAUUGACUAUGAAGAAAAUUUCCCAGACGACAGAUCAGUGUCAUUCAGGGAACUCAUGGAAGACUCCCGCGCAGAGGGAGAAAAGGAAAAGGCUCAGGAAGACGCCUCUGACGAGACACCAAAACAAGAUCGUCUGGUCUUCACUUCUGUCUCUAAAGAAAAUAUAGCCCAAGAAAAAGCCUUCGUGCCAACCACAGGCUUGCCAGUCGCUGGGAGCAGCGUCCGCACAGACUGGCCGAGAUCCCGCCUACACCGGAAGUACUCACUCUGGUUUCCGGCCGAGACUUUCCACAAGCCAGAGCUGGAAAAGGAUGUGGGAGAUGAGACCAAAGAGCCACUUCCUGUCGGAGACAAUCACAGUGACGAGAAACCGGCCCCAGAGGAGUCUGAAACGAGGCUGGUCUAUGCCACCACCUACAGCCCCUCAGAGCCAUUUGUGGAUAGGAAUGACAGCAAGGCAGAGGACCCAGGGGUGAGCAGCAGCGAUGAUUCCUGGUUAGACGGCUACCCUGUGACAGAUGGGGCUUGGAGGAAGGUAGAGGCUGGGCAGGAGGACGAUGAGGACAAGGGGCAUGGGUCAGUGGGACCAGAUGAAAGUGUCCUCAUGACUCCUGAUCAGCCUAUUGGGAAAGUUAAAGAGCACAAGAAUGUCACCGUCACACCAAGCGAAUCUGUGAUACACAGCUCGAUUGGUCCAUCUCAAAUGCUUGACGUAGAAGCUCUGGUUCCGGGACCCAUCAAUGUGUCUGAGACUGAGAGUUCCCAUACCUGGAAUGUUGAUUUGACCAAUUAUCAAUCAACUAUACCCCGGAGAGUUACCACACGGCAGUCACCCACGGCCACCUCAUCCUAUGAACUGAUCACCUCCACCCAAGAGACGGUACCAACAGCCCUCCAGCCGACACGUAAACGCAUCCCCUCGACUAAUGUGGAGGCCACCCAGCCUCCAGCGGAGGUCACAGCUCCUGAGGUUCAGGAUAGCUUCCCAUACCUGCUGUCUGAGGACUUCUUGGGACAGGAGGGCCCUGGGCCUGGUGCAAGCGAGGAGAAACUUCUUCCAACCUUGGCACCGUGUGUGGGGGAUGAGUGUCCCAGCUUCAGGAAAGGCCCAGUGAUCGCCACCGUCGUCACUGUCCUGUGUCUACUGCUGCUGCUGACAGUCGUGGGAGCCGUGUGGGGCUACCGUAGGUGCCAGCACAAGAGCUCUGUAUACAAGCUGAACGUUGGACAGAGGCAGGCUAGACACUACCACCAGCAGAUUGAGAUGGAGAAGGUCUAGCCUCUGUCAGCAAGGGCUCUCACAAAGCCGCUUGGAGGAAGAUUAACUGUGAUUCUCGGGAUCUG